GUGCAUGCUGGGAGGAGCCGAGGGUUGUCGGGUAAUGUAGUCGUGUGGACAGGAAAUGUCUCCUCUCACUCUGAUCUGCUCCCCUCUGAUGGCUGAUCCAAUAUUCCGCUCCCUCUUCCUCUCUCUGGUGACUUAACGUCUCUCCGGAUCCCCCGGAUGGGCCGAUCUUCCAGGUAGUUCCUGAGACCAGCUCUGCCGUGCCAACCAACCACACGCCAUCCAAAGUAGAUCUACUUUUUUUAUUUAUUGGACGAUGGCUGAAAACCUGGAGGAUAAGAUUGAGGAUCUUGACGUGAGACCUAAAAGCAGUCGCAGUCGAAGUGCGGACAGGAAAGACGGGUACCUUUGGAGCGGUAAGAAGCUGUCCUGGUUGAACAAACACGGAUCUGAUGGAGAUGCUGAGAUCGCGUCGGAGAAAGCAGAAGGUCCAUCAAAAAGCCAAGAGAGGAAGCACAGCUGCUCGUCAUCCUUUGAACUUGACUUGGACCGCUCCUGCGGACACAAGCUGCUGGGGGGGAGGUCUUUAAAACAAAAACUGCAGGACGCCGUUGGGCAAUGCUUCCCGAUAAAAACGUGCAGCAGCAGCCGCCACUCCUCCGCAUUGUCUUCCAAAAGGAAAAUCCACAUCAGCGAACUAAUGCUGGACAAAUGCCCCUUCCCUCCGAAAUCGGACCUUGCCUACCGCUGGCAUUUCAUCAAACGCCAUACGGCUCCGGUCGACCAGUCGCACAAGCAGUGGGUGGUGAGAGACGCCCCCAAAUUAGAACCGCUAGACAUGGCCGAGCAGAACUCGGAUUGCGGAGAGGACCUCUUGUCCGACGUGCCCGUCUUUUCUUGUGAGGCGAGCUGUGGCUCGGUGGAGUCCUUCACCAAGGCGGUGAGGAGCAUCAAGGAGGACAGCGACUCGGACGAGGAGGUCCUGGCGCUGUGUGCCAGCUCCAGGAAGAGGAACAAAUCCAAAUGGGAAUUGGAGGAUGAGAUUUUCCACCCGGCAACCCCACCGAAAUACCACACCCAGAUAGAUUACGUCCAUUGCCUUGUGCCGGACCUCUUCCAGAUCAAUAAUAACCCCUGCUACUGGGGGGUGAUGGAUAGAUAUGCAGCAGAGGCCCUCUUGGAAGGAAAGCCAGAGGGGACAUUCUUAUUGAGGGACUCUGCUCAAGAGGACUACCUAUUCUCCGUAAGUUUCCGGCGCUACAGCCGUUCCCUCCACGCCAGGAUCGAACAAUGGAACCACAACUUCAGCUUUGAUGCCCAUGACCCCUGCGUGUUCCACGCUCCCGAUGUCACGGGUUUAUUAGAACAUUACAAAGACCCCAGUUCCUGUAUGUUCUUCGAGCCCCUCCUGUCCAGCCCCCUCCACAGGACAUUCCCCUUCUCCUUGCAGCACAUCUCCAGGUCCGUCAUUUGCGGCUCCACCAAUUACGACGGCAUCGACGCCCUUCCCGUCCCGUCUUCUAUGAAACUCUACUUGAAAGAGUAUCAUUACAAGUCCAAGGUCCGGGUGCGCCGCGUGGACGUGCCGGACCGGCUCCAAAAGUGAUGUGACUUUUAUUCGAAUUCUUUUGGCCUUUUUUGGAUCCGUUUUCUACAAGAAGUCUUGUAAUCGCCCACAUUGCACUUCCUGAGCCGCAGAUGUAUUAUUUUUGGAGUGGAGGGAGUGAUGGGUAACAUUUCACGAGAAGGCAGAAGACUGCCAACGCAGAGACUUGUUCAUCCAUUCAGGUGUUUAAUCAGAGGCGUUGCUAGGGGGGUGCGGUCCGCACCAGGUGACACCCGCUAGAGGGGUGACAGCAUCCCGUGUUGUUU